AUGGGUAACGGAGCCAAAGCAUCGAUGAAGCGUGAGCGCAACGCGAAGGACUCGAAAACCGCAAAGUCGCAAACCAAGACCAAUGAGAAAGCCAUGAGCAUCCAGUGCACUGUUUGCAAGCAGACCUUCUUGCAGACUACCAAAGCUCCUGCUCUCCUUGAGCAUGCUGAUAAUAAGCACAAGAAGACUCUUGCUGACUGCUUCCCUGGUGUGACCGCAUAA